AUCAACUUAAAAUGUUUUUCACCCCAAGCUUGUGUGUGUUCUUUUAAUGUAGGGCCCAAGAGUCCAGACUUCAUCCCAGAAGUAGGCGAAGAUGCAGUGAAUGCAGUGCCCAGUUCGCCCUUCACAGCCCUAACUGAGGAAGAGCAAGCAGAGCUUCACAGUGAGCUAGCAAAGGUGGAAGAUGAGAUCCAGACUCUUUCUCAGGUGCUGGCGGCCAAAGAGAAGCAGGUGGCAGACAUCAAGCGGAAAUUGGGCAUCACUCCACUCAACGAGUUCAAACAGAACUUGAGCAAAGGCUGGCAUGAAGUCACCACCUCUACUGCGUAUAAGAAGACCUCAGAGACCCUGUCCCAAGUGGGUCAGAAGGCGACGACGGCGUUCUCCAGCGUGGGCUCAGCCAUUACUAGAAAGCUAGAGGACGUGAGAUUACAGUCAUUUUCCAAUUCUUUUGGUAUACGCUCCAUACAGCAUUCGGCUAGCAUGCCGGUGAUGAGAAACACGCCCACUUUCAAGUCAUUUGAGGAGAAAGUGGAAACCUUAAAGACCAAGAUAAGCCCGACGCCAUCGACAGGCGAUGCUGAAGAGGUUUCAGAAUCCACACCUGAUGGAGAGCCAGUGGCUGAACACCCCGAGGGAACUUGUCCUCCAGAUCAAAAACCACACUGAGGAUCCUCCUUCUAACGCUCCCAUUCUUUCUCCUCAUGACCUCCUAUCCCUCUUCUUCUACUCCACAGCAGCACUUCUUCAUAGUCACAGUGUGCUUUGUUCUGUGGCUAGUUUUCCACUGGAGUCUGGGUCAUUUCCAGACGGGACGUGGUAGUCCUACACUGGAACAGAUGUGUCAGAAUGUGAGAUGCAUGUUUGCUCAUGCACUGUCAGAGCAUGAUAUCCUCUGACCCCUAACUUCAGGCUGGCCUACAUGAGAGGUCCCGGCUGUCCUUUAGAAGUCCCUAAAUGUUUCUUUUUACAGAAAAUAUCCCAAAGUCUUUAUAUAUCAUUUAAAUGUAAUUGAAUUUGACUUUUUUUGUUUGUGUACAUUCUCUGUAACACAUCCCGCUACUUAAAAUUGCCAGCCAAAUUAACCAAAAUUCUCUGUGUAUUUAGUUCCUUUUGCCAUUUUUAAAACAAAUGCCAAAAACUCAGAAAAUGAGUUCUGUCUCUAAGUGUAUACGUUAAACUAAAAGAUUUUUUGCAUUUAAAGUAUAUCGAGUGGAUUAUUAGCAUUAAUAUCAAAUAUGAUCAAACAGUAGUGAUGUUACACUAUUACUCUUUUUCUCUAUUUUGGAUUCUUGAUUUAGCUUUAGAGAGUUUGUGUCAUAUAAUGAGCAGAUUUGAGUGUAUGUGCUUUGUAACUUAAUUUCUCUUUAUUUUGUAGCGUUAGUAUAGUCACACCACUGAGAUCCCAGUGCCUUCUGUUGCUAAAACUGGGGAGGUUUAAUCUCACUUUAAAGGUGUUUCUGAUGGCUUUGUAAUUCGACCACUGCUGCAUUUUAUUGUACACCUAUAAAACAGGACAAACUAUGAGAGGGACAGCUGUCUUAGUCUUCUAGACUACAUGACACUUCUUUCCUGUUGUUUUAAACUCUAACACAGCACAAAAAGCAAAAAGUGUCAAUGUUAAACAGUUAGCCUUAGAUCCAGUGCAACUCUAAGCACUAAUUCUAGUAUUGUUUGUCUGGUUCAUGGAGCCGCUUGCACUGUAGUACCUGCUGUUGUGGCAUCUUCAAGACUGCACAAGUAAAAAAUAAUAUUUUUAUUGACAAUGUAAAAAAAAAAAAACGUAGAUAAAAUCUAAUAAAAUUUCUGAUAGGGUAGAGGUUGCUAAAGGCUUUGGAGCGCAGGGGCAAUGGUACUUAACUGUUAGAUCUGUUCUCAUAUGGUAAUAUUUCAUUAUUGCUUCAUAAAUUGAGUGUGCUUUUCCUUUUUUUUUUGUGUUUUGCUUUGAUAUACAGAGAUAAGCAAAUGUUUUAUGCUUGCUGCAAAAAAAUAAAUAAAAAAAUUCAGUAUAAAGACAUUUUCAGAUGUUUAAGUUCAGCAUGUCUGAUCAGUUGCUCUAGAUCUAGUGUUGACAUCUAAAAUAAAAUAAUACUAAUAUGGAAUAUUGUUAGGAGGUAUCUGUUUAAAACAAAGUUUUAUGUGUUUUGUGUUGUGACAUACUAAAUGGAGGGUGGAAAUCUCUAGUGGGACCAAAAAUGUUUCGGUUUAUCCCUGUUCUGCCUCACUCCAGUCAUACUGUAGCUAAGGUGUUGUUUCUUCUUUCCUUGCAUCAUUUUUUGAAUAUGAAUGUUACUUUAUACUGAAUGUCUCUAGUGGGCUUUUGUCCUGGGUUACUAGUGUAGUAGUCGAAUCUGCUGUCAUGUUCCUUUAUAAUUAGCAUCCUGAAAGACUGAAACUACUUUGAGCAAAAAAUACGAACAUUUGUUCCUUUGUAUGUCUGAUGCCUAAUAAAACGCAAUACAACCUG